AUGGGGAAUGGUGAAAGUAAAAAACUGGAUUAUUCAAGCUGUGAAUGGAGGAAUGUCACUAAGGUUUCUUUGGGAGAGUUUCUGAGAUGUUUUGACCAGCCAAUAAGUGAGGAGCAGGCCUGGGCCCUUUGCUUUCAGUGUUGCCAUAAAAUGAAGCAGUUGGCUCAAGGCCCCUACCCUGUGGUGAUUAAAGGUCUGGGAAGCAUCCUUAUCCAUUCUGAUGGUGCUGUUUCCUUCAUGGUGUAUCCUAAGUCUGAUGUUAACAAGACUCCUCAACUGGAGGAGCAGCUGACAGAGCAUCUGGGAAUGGUGAUCUAUAAAGCCCUGGAUUGGGGGAUUGACAACCAUCUGGAGCGAGAGCUGAGUGAACCACUGGAAAAGCUGAUCUCCCUCCUCCUGAAAUUAGACACUGAGGCAACAAAACCAGCCAUCACUUUCCAGGAUGUCCUCAAGAUCUGUGAGGAGCAUUUGCCCAGGCCCUCUGAGGCUGCCAGCUAUUACAGAACAGUCUGCAGGGUUCUCUUUGCUGAGUAUGAAGAUCUUCAGAAACUAAUGCUCACCCUACAGAACUCCAAAGAGAGUCUAAGAAGAAUGGAUGUGGAGGACUUGCUGGAAAAUGACACUCAGAUGGAGAAGGAUAAUUACUGGGCUAGCUUGUGGCACGAUGUCAUCAGGGAACUGCAGAAUGGAGUGAGGCUGCGCAAGGUCAUGGAACAACCCCAACCUAGUGUUCUUCCCAGGGAAUAUGCCCGCUCUCCCUAUGAGCUCUUGGCAGAGGACAUCCGACGCAAGAGGUACACCCUCCGCAAGGUGAAGAUCAACAGUGAGCAAAACUGCAAGAGCUCUGAAGGCAACACAGUCACUUCACAGCUCCCUUUAAAGCCAGCCUCGGAGAGGAAGCUAAAAGAGAACUCCCCCAAAGUGCCCAGUCUGCACGACCUGCUCAUGAUGGAAAUAAAACAGCCACAGAAGCUUCGGCCAUCUUCCACAGAGAGAAAUGGGAGCAGGCACAAAGAUACCUUUGUGAUUCCAGUGUUUUCCUUGAAUUCCCCAUGUGGCAAUGGCUUAUCUGUCCAAAAUGCCAGUACAGGACUUACAAUUCACAAAGUCCAAAAACAGAUGCUGAUCCCUGACUUGCUGGUCCCAGAAUUUCAGGAAGCAGACGGGGCAUUGAAAUACAAUUUGGGAGUCAUCUCACACAGAUCUGUACUGACAUCCAGCAGCACAGAUUGCUCUGCAGACUGCACAUUUACCCCCAAGAGCAUGCCCGUGCGAGGAGACUGCAAAACAAGCAGCUUUCUGAAUCUAAAUCAGCGACAGCCUUUCUGCCGAGGGAGGUCCAAGUCUUUAAGGAGUGCCCUUCAAAUCAAGGAAGAUGACUACCCCUCUCCUACAAGGUGGCCAUCACCAACCAUUGCUGAACUGAUUGGAACCAGAUAUGCUGUGAUGUCUGAAAUGGAGGGAUCCCGCCAAAGAGAUGGUUGUGCAAUAUCUUCACAAGCCAGGGUCUGUUUCCAUUGCCAUAAGCAGAUGGUCUUUCUGUGGCCUUACAGGUGUCAUCUCUGUAGCAGUGUCAUCUGCUGUGAUUGCUGCAUCAAGAUGUCUAUGCCCUUCAGACCAUGUGUGCAUCUUCCACUUAACUUAAUAAAAGCACUGAGACUCUCCAAGGAGGAGGACUCAGCUACCCAAGACCAGAAAUCCUCACAAUUGUUGUUUGAAGUAGAACAUUGGGAUUGUUCUAGAGUACCACUGGUGUUUGAACCCCAUUGCCUAGCACAGCCUCUUGCCUCUCAGAGAGAGACCAUGAUGGACUGGCCUUCUAUGGACAUCUGUACCACAUGUGAGCAAUACCUGUUGCAUGUCCUCUCCAGCCAGCAGCAAUGCAUCCCUCCCAGGAAAAGAUCCAGGUCAUGGACUGAACUGAAAUGACUUUCUCUCUCUCUCCAAAUGUGUCUCCUGUC